ACAACCACAACAGCAACACCUACAACAACUGUAGUUCCCACGACAACUGCAGCUCCUACAACAACUUUAUCAUCUACUUCAACCACAGCAGCUGCCUCUACGACAACCACUGCAGCUCUAACUACAACAACUGCUGCUCAAACGACCACUACAACUCCAGAGCCUAUUACGACAACCACUGCAGCUCCUGCUACAACUACAACUUCAGCUCCUACGACAACCACAACAACAGCAACUACAACAACUGUAGCUCCUACAACAACUUUAGCGUCCACUUCAACCACAGCAGCUGCCUCUACGACAACCACUGCAGCUCUAACUACAACAACUGCUGCUCAAACGACCACUACAACUCCAGAGCCUAUUACGACAACCACUGCAGCUCCUGCUACAACUACAACUUCAGCUCCUACGACAACCACAACAACAGCAACUACAACAACUGUAGCUCCUACAACAACUUUAGCGUCCACUUCAACCACAGCAGCUGCCUCUACGACAACCACUGCAGCUCUAACUACAACAACUGCUGUUCCUACGACCACUGCAACUCCAGAACCUAUUACGACAACCAGUGCACUUCCUACUACAACAACUGCUGUUCCUACGACCACUGCAACUCCAGAACCUAUUACGACAACCAGUGCACUUCCUACUACAACAACUGCUGUUCUAACGACCACAGUGACUGCAGCACCUUCUACAACAACUACAACUUCAGCGCCUACGACAACCACAACAGCAACACCUACAACAACUGUAGUUCCCACGACAACUGCAGCUCCUACAACAACUUUAUCAUCUACUUCAACCACAGCAGCUGCCUCUACGACAACCACUGCAGCUCUAACUACAACAACUGCUGCUCAAACGACCACUACAACUCCAGAACCUAUUACGACAACAACUGCAGCUCCUGCUACAACAACUACAUCUUCAGCUCCUACGACAACCACAACAGCUACACCUACAACAACUAUAGCUCCCACGCCAACUGCAGCUCCUACAACAACUUUACCAUCUACCUCAACCACAGCAGCUGCCUCUACGACAACCACUGCAGCUUUAACUACAACAACUGCUGCUCAAACGACCACUACAACUCCAGAGCCUAUUACGACAACCACUGCAGCUCCUGCUACAACUACAACUUCAGCUCCUACGACAACCACAACAACAGAAACUACAACAACUGUAGCUCCUACAACAACUUUAGCGUCCACUUCAACCACAGCAGCUGCCUCUACGACA